GAGUUUUCUUCUCUGUUGUUGUUUUUCAGGUCAGUUUCCUGAAGGGACAACAUGGUGACGAAGAGGAUCCGCUCGGAGUACAUGAAGAAAUUCAAAGACCCCAAAUGGGAGACCUACACCAAAUGCUACGAGGAGAUGCUGAAGUACCGGCUGACCCGCAGGCUGCUGGAGCACACACACAACCCCUGGUUCUGGACUGGCUCCGACACCGAUUCGGACUCCGGAGGACGAAGCCCCGCUACUCCACCUCCUCCUCCGCCUCCCAGUAAGAACCAGGUAGGGGCCGAGGGCAGCAGAGACCGGGCCGAGGAGCUGGAGGAGUGUGAGGGGGCGAGGAGGGACCAGCAGACCGCAGCCACAGGCCCUGUACCCAGGCUUCCUAUUCAAGAUGAGGAGGAGAAGAAUGAGUCUGCAGGCCACGGCUCUCAGUGUGACGGUGCCAAGGAGACAAGAGUGCUGCAGGAGGAGGGAGAGGAGCAGGAAGCCAGCAGCCGAGGCAGUAAACCAUUAUCGACUCCUCGCAGAGGCAAAGUGAAAGACACUGGAGGACCCCAACAGCAGCAGAGUAAACCCUCCAAAUCCACAAGACAAACUUGGCGCUCUCAGCGAGUCAGGCCUGCACCAUCACGGCAGCCCAGGGACGACAGCAAGGACAGCCGACAUCCUUUCGCUCUGUACGGUGCAGGGGAGAAGGAUGCAGACAUGGCAAGCAGGAAGACGCACAAUGUUGGACCUGUGGCGUCAACUAAUGAGAUCCAUGAAUCAGCUCUACGUGCAAAGACCAGGCGGGAGGUGGAGCGUCAGAUGCAGACCCAACGAAGUGAGCGCCGGAGAGCUAAGUCUGCUGACCUGGACAAGGCCAGGAAGCUGGUCCAAACCGAGUACAACCCCUGGCUCACUGAGUACAUGCGCUGCUUCUCUGCUCGCUCCCGAUAGGACACAUACAGUACAAACAAUGACAUCAGGAUGAUUCUAGAUAAAUAUACAAACAUAAAGCCAUCAUUGCCUCUCACCACUGAAGCUUAAACACGUAGAGAAGUAGAGCAGUGUGGUGUGGAUUCAUACAAAGGCUCCUAAAUGUUUAUCAAUCUCCCAUUCAGGAUUCAAACUGACAAAAUCUUGAACAUUGAACUUCACUGUGUGGCUUAUUCCCUUAGAUGUGUACAGUCACGUUUUUAUAUACAUCAGUUUUAAUAAAUACAGCACAAUGAGAAACUUUUUACAGGAUAGAAGAUACUCUUGAAAGAAAUUAUAGUACAUGUAUAGUUAACAAAUACAUCUAUCUUGUUCAGAUAUAUAGAUGAGCUUGAGGAGUCCAAAAUGAAUUUUACAGCCAUACUUUGAUGCAGUCCCUUUAAAUAUGACGUGUCCAUAUUUUUAUACAGAGAUAUCAAACCACAGUGGACUCACACGGCGGUACUGGAGGCACAGUGUCUGAAUAGAUGAAUCCUUGUCUUUGAAACACUUCUGACGUGAAAUGAACGGUUAUGUAAACAACACAUCACUUCCUGUACACACACACAAUCACAUUAUUUGCAUUCCAAAUUAUUGUAUAAAAUGGCUUUAGCAGAUAAGGUUUUCUCACAUUUAUGCGGCUUUUGAUGUUGGUAGGUAUAUGCUUUCUUAGUGCUGAGUUCAAAGUAUUUAUCGACACAUAAAUGUGUCUAAUAAUGUUACAACUUUAGAUUUUUAGGUCACUUGCUGUGAACUGGUUCUUGUUUGUGUAACGUUUGAUUGAUCCACAUGGAUUUGGUUUAGAUAGAUAGUGAAUCACUGUGCUGACACUCAGAAUUACACUCGUGUGUGUUGUGGCAAUUGCGUUUUCUAAUGAGCUCACGAACACUUUCACAUGUUAUUGAUGCUUUGUAAUCAACAUCAUGGUUUUGUAUUCAAUCAUCAGGUGCUAAUAAGGUCUUUUAAAGCCACUGGAUGACUGGUGUGUGUGAUGGUGUGUUUCUGUGGAUACUGUAGUCUUUCUUUUAUACAUCCAGUGGUUGUGGGACAUCAUCAGAAAAAGUGUCAUAUUGAAAAUGGCAUCCAUGUCAUUUGGAUCACUUCCAAAGCAAAGCAAUCAGGUGUUUGUUGUUGAGGCCAAACUUCACACUGAAUAUGCUUUAGAGCCAAAAAGAUGACAUGAAACGAUGCUGAAAUAACCUGUAGUCAGAUUAGUAUGUUUCACUAAUUUACUGCUUAGUUGUGACCAAAUCAAACUGCACUUUCAGAAUUUGUCACCUUUUUGAAAUGAUAUCUGUACUAAAUAUCAGGCUAAGUAACUUCAAGUUCUCAUGUAACUCCUUUGUGAAUGGACUGAACAGAUCAGACAUUAUUUGUACUCUAAUAAGAAAAUAAUUUGACCUGUUUCAUAGGAGAUCUGAUCUCCUCGCGGCUGUUAUAAUCAAUGCUAUGACCACACCAUCAGCUCUGUGCCAUAAAGACAAGCAUUUUCUCCUUUGCAGUCACUGUUGGAUUGUUAUUGUUGUUGAUGUUUUUGGUGUGGAUAUUUAGGAGGUAGGUGGGAGGCCUGUGCUUUACAUUCAAACUUUAACGUUUGUUUUUUUUUUCUUCUUUGAAUUUGAGUUCAGUAUUACAUUCCUUGAUUUGCUUUUUGUAAAGUUUCUCAACGUUUUAAGUUAUACUGCAAUAUAUUAUUGUGCAAUAUUAGGAUAAUGUAAAUAACUGCAUUUGAGCCAGUGUGUUUUUAUGAUGUGGUGACCUUUGACAAUCUCAGAGAACAGGAAUGAAACAGGGUAGUUAGGACUGAACCUAAUUCUUUGUUACUUGUUACUUUAUAGUGGAGUUCUUGUUUAUACUGUAGAGACAUUUUACCUACACUUUCCAUAUGCUUUUGUAGAUGCACCUCGUAAUGUACAGCACAAUAUUCAUUCAGUCCAGGAAAGUUUGAUUCUAGAAUUUUUAAGAAGAAGGAAGAAGUGGAGAUUUUGACCAAUAAAGCACCAGCAGCACUGAACUUUGACAGUGCAGUCUGGUUUACUGAACAGGAAACAAAGCACCAGAUUUCAUGAAUGGGUUGCUGAAGGUCCUGUCAUUACAAACAACUACUAAAUUAAUCUAAGUUACUAACAACAUAAAGGAUGUAAACAACUAGAAUACUGUGUAACUGCCUAAUUUGUGAAGUUUUUCUGUUUACAUAUGAGGCUUUUAUUAUACUGUCUGUACAGAAUUAAUGCAUUAGAAGAUUUGUUUGGCUUAAAUGGUAACGCUUGUAAUAAAGUGUUUGACAAAUCACA